AUGGAUUCCUCUAAGGAAGAGAGAAGUAGUCUGAAGAGAGAAGCACAGUACAAUGAAUCUAUGCAAGUGAAGAAAAGUGGUAAAAAUGAUAUACCAUCUUCAUCUUCUCUAGGUUAUGGUUCUUAUGAAGAUGAACCAGAAUCAUUCAUGGCUGCUGCAUAUUCAGAAACCAUGAAUUCUGCUCAAGAAGUGAGUCUGUGCAAUGAGAAUAGCUCAGGGGAGAACUUGGUUUUGCAUGGAGUUAUGAAGAAUGCAGCCAUUGAAGGGUGUCAUGAGCCCAUGAAUGGUAAAGCUGAGAUUGGUAGUGUGAGUGAGAAGAAAUCAAGGGUGGAUGGGAAAAAACAUUAUAGAGGAGUAAGGAGAAGGCCAUGGGGGAAAUAUGUUGAUAAGUGA